AUGUAUUUGGAGGGGGCGCGGUGGGACGCGGCGGAGCACACUCUCACGGAGUCGCGGCCAAAGGAGUUGUACGUGAAUAUGCCGCUCGUGCACCUCGACCCGAUGGUCGACCGCGUCAGUGACCCCAACGAUUAUGUGUGCCCGGUGUACAAGACACUGACACGUGCCGGUACGCUGAGCACGACGGGUCACUCCACAAACUUUGUGCUCUCGAUUAGCAUCCCCACCAAGGUGGAUCCAGAGCACUGGAUCAAGCGUGGUGUGGCGUGUGUGGUGUCGCUGAACUUUUAG